CGCGUAGGGUGAUACUCACAGUCACUAUAGGAACUCGAGAAGAGGGUGGAGUACCAUCAAGAAAUUGUAGCCCUCGUUGAUGAAACGAGUAGGAUCUGUGAAGUCGUUAUUGCCUCCGACAAGCGGGAGUUCAAGGACAAGAGGAAGGAGCAGGGGAAGGCUUGCAACGCGCUGAUCACUGAGCUGUUGCGUGUAGCAUCAUUCCUCCGCUGCUUGGCCUCGGAGAAUCUCGUUAAGCGCUCGCGCACCAAGGUCAAUGAACAUGUUCAUGACAUGCUGAACCGCUUGCAAGAUCUAUCCCGCUAUGUCGAAAGUGGUGCGCAUCUCGACGCCCAGAAUGCUGUAUUCAGGAUUGAGGAGAAGCUCGAUAAUGAGACCACACUAAGGCACCUGCCUAUGGCGAACACCCAGGCGGGCACCAGCAAGGGCUGUCGACCCAACACCCGGGUCCAGCUUCUCGCAGCAAUCAUGGACUGGGCCUUCGAUACAAAAGGCCCGCGCUGCCUGAUCCUCCACGGCACAGCUGGCAAGGGAAAGUCGGCAGUUGCCAACAGCGUCGCGUGCAUCCUUGCCGACAUGGGUGCCGUCGCUCCGUUCUUUGCCUUCGAUCGCACGAAUCCUACUCGUCAUGCUCAUCAACUUUAUCCGACCCUCGCCGAGAAACUAGCCCGCUACGAUCAGCAUUAUCUUGACGAACUGCGGUCGUUGCGUACGGAACAGCUUGAGACCAUCGAUAUCAAGGACCAGCACCGGUACCUGAUGCUCUCCGCCCUGCGCCUGUACCAAACGCGUGUCCCCACCAUCUUUGUUGUCGAUGCGCUCGACGAAUGUCGGAAUGACGAUGAUAAUAGUAUCGGCGAGCGCGCGACGCUGAUUCGGACUCUGUGCGAGUGCAUACAGGACCGUGAGCUUCCCCCAAGCAUUCGGUUCUUGAUCACUACGCGUCCGGAUGACACGGAUAUUGCGAAGUUGCUACGAGAUGACGAGACAAUCGUCGUUGGCCGAUCUAUCGACCACGAAGAGAACACCGAGAGCGAUAUUCGCAAGGUUGUCGAGGAGAACCUUCGAGGAACCGAUGCCUCCGGGCUAGUGGACGAUGUCGUCCACGCGUCGCAGUCCCUCUUCGAAUGCGCCGCCGUUCUCUGCCGAGAACUCACUGGCCCAAAUCAACCGAAGAGCAGCGCUGCGCGCCAGGAUCUCAUUCGCAACAUCAGACACGAGCCGGGCCACCCGCGACUAUACGAGAUCUACCGGCUCGUGCUCCACACGCAUAUCGGUACGAAUGACCCUAUAUACCUAUCGACUUACCGUCAGUUUCUCGCGUGGGUGCUCUCCGUGCGACAGCCACAGCCGGGGGUUGUGUUCCAAGAGUUUGCCGAGGUCUUGCUGGAUGGCGAGAAAAUAGACGGAAUGCUGGUACAUCUCGGAUCUGUCCUGACCGGCACGCUUACGGGGGAUGGCGAGCCCAUCCGCCCACUUCACACAUCCUUCCGCGACUUCGUACUCGAUGCCGAGGCUAGCGGGCCCUUCGCGAUCAAGCCCGUCUUUGCCGCCGCCGACUCGCAGCUCGCUCUCGCGUGCUUCGGCAUCAUGAGCAGGACAGGAAGCGGUCUGCGAUACAACAUAUGCGACUUGCCCUCUCCUUUCGUGUACAAGAAGGACAUCAACGACUUGAAUGAUCGUCUCACCAAGCAAAUAUCGCCUGGACUCCAGUAUGCGUGUCGAGCGGUCUCAGAGCACCUCUCGCGCUGUCAUAAUUACGAAGAAGUAGUGCAAGACCUAGUGACCGCCUUGAAGGCGUUCCUACAAAACCCCUUUCUCUUCUGGCUCGAGGCGUGCGGCUGGUUAGGGUAUGAGCCAUGCGACGUUCUUCAAGAUAUGCUCGAAUGGGUGAAGAUACACGAAAGCAAUGACUCAACGCCCCUCGUAUUGGACUUCAUCUCGUUCGCGAAGCGAUACCGCGAAGCAAUGUCGGAGUCGCCACCUCAGGUCUAUGUGACCGGCCUCCUCUUUGCGCCAGUCGACUCGCAUGUUUCACGAUUGUACGGGCAUCGCAUCGUAAGCCCCAUCGAUAUUUCCGGAUACGAGAAGGAGCAAGAGUGGCCGCCGAGCGAGACUCUCGUGAUCCGAGCCGGAAGCAAUGUCUAUUCUGUUGCUUAUUCUACAGACGGUACACAGAUCCUGGCCGGCCUAGGCAAUUAUACACUUCGAAUAUGGGAUGCGGAGACAGGUCGGCAGAUCGGCAGUGCCAUGCGAGGACACGGAGACAGGGUCUGGUCUGUUGCAUUCUCUCCUGAUGGCUCAACAAUCGCUUCUGGCUCGGACGACUGCACCGUUCGACUUUGGGACGCCAUGACCGGGCAGCAGCAGGGCCAGGCAUUGCGCGGACACGCUGGCCGGGUUAAAUCAGUAGCAUUCUCUCCGGACGGCACCACUGUUGUCAGCGCCUCAUACGAUUGCACGUUGCGAUUGUGGGAUGCGAAGGCCGGGAAGGAGAUUGGUGAAGCAAUGCAGGGACAUACGGAUUGGGUUCGAUCCGUCGUCUUCUCGCACGACGGAGCUUGCAUUGUCUCUGGCGGUGAUGACCGCACGGUCCGCAUAUGGGAUAUAGACACACGACAGCCGCUAGGCGAUUCCAUACGGCACGAAGGCUGGGUCAGAUCAGUCUCAAUUUCGCAUGACGGCAAGUACGUCGCUUCUGGCUCUGACGACGGGACCAUCCACGUGUGGGAUGCAGGAGGGAGGCAGCAAGUGUGGUCAUUGCAUGGGCAUAUAGGCUGGGUAUAUGCAGUCGCCUUCUCGUCUGAUAGCACGCGCAUCGUCUCAGGUGGGCACGAUGACACUGUCCGCAUUUGGGAUGUGGCCUCAGGAGCGCAGGUCGGCGAUGACUUGCGCGGCCACACCGAAUUAGUCUUCUCCGUGGCCUUCUCUCCCGACGGGAAGCACGUCGCAUCCGGCUCCGACGACGGCACGAUCCGGGUCUGGGACGUGCGGGAGGCGAAGAAGGAAAGCGGCAUCCCGGUCGAACACACCCGCGACGUCACCUCGGUCGCUUGCUCGCCGGAUGGCAAGUACAUCGUCUCUGGCUCGUGGGACAAGACGGUGCGACUGUGGAACGCUGAGACGGGGGAGCCGGUGGGGGAUCCGAUGACGGGGCACGAUGGCGAAGUCAACUGCGUCACAUUCUCGCCGGACAGCACGCGAAUUGCCUCCGCCUCGGACGACAGGAAGGUGCGAGUGUGGGAUGUGGAGACGCGACUGCCAGUGGGCGUGCUUCAACGGCACAACAGCCGGGCUCUCUGCGUCGCAUUCUCGCCUGAUGCCACUCGGCUCGUGUCUGGAUUAGCGGACGGGACUUUGCGUCUCUGGGAUUUGGCGACAGGGCAGCAAAUCGGCGAACCACUCUAUGGCCACGAAAACUACGUUCGAUUUGUGUCAUUCUCAAAUGACGGCUUGUACAUCGCUUCUGGCUCCGAUGACCACUCUAUCAGACUUUGGGAUGCCAAAUCACAGCUGCAGUGGAGAGGGCCACUCGCAGGUCAUCAGGAUUAUGUUCUAUCUCUCGCGUUCUCGCCCGAUGAUGUGUACCUCGUGUCUGGCUCCCACGACAGAACAAUCCGCCUGUGGGACGUGAAGACGGGCGAGCAGAUGGGCGGGCCACUUACCGGUCAUACUGACCGGGUACGAUCUGUCUCCUUCUCGCCCGAUGGGAAGUACGUUGUGUCCGGAUCUGAUGAUAGGACGGUGCGAGUCUGGAGUGUGCAGACCAGGCAGCAAGUCGGUUCCUCCUUGCGAGGGCACGAGGGCUGGGUUAACUCAGUCGCUUUCACUUCUGAUGGCGCUCGUAUUGUUUCCGGAUCUGGUGACGGUACAAUCCGAGUCUGGGAUUUUGCGAAAUUGCAGGGCUCAGAGAACACGGUCGACGCCGCAAGUGCACACACGACAGAAGCUCGUGUGCAGUCACCCCUUCAGGAGAUCCACAACCACUGGCUUGUCUACGAUGGCGAUGGCGUAGAGCGACCCAUACUCUGGAUUCCCCACCACCUGCGCCAGUAUCCUCUCGCCUUCUCCCCAUUUCAGCCCCGAUUUGUACCUCCUACGACACCCCAUAUCCGUAUCAUGCUCAACGAUUCGUUCCGACUCGACGAGUGACCGACUUAUACUCCUGCACUCACUUCCGAAGAGCCUUCGGAGGCGCUGGUAUAGGAGGAGUAGGAUGGGAGUACCAGUUGACUUCGGAAGAAUCAUCCGCGCUUGCCACUGAGUGAUGGACAACAGCGUGUGGUCGACCCUGCAGCGAUCCGACUCCCUCCUCACACAUUUGACUCCACCUGACGAGUUCCCUGGCGCGGUCGAACCUGUGC